GAGACCUAUCCUCUUACAGCCGCUGCCAGAUAUCUGAUCGCGUUUGCAUGGCGAACGGAAACCUGAUCGGCUAAAGACUGCCGAAACCAGGAGGAGUGACUUACCAGGAAGCAUUAAAAAAUGUCUUCUUCCUCAAACGAAGUCAUAGUUUCAAAUGAGAUCAAGAAGGAAAAUGGUAAGGGAAAUAAACGGGAGACUAUCAAGCUGCUAGCGCUGGACACUGCGGAGUUGUCUAUGGAGCAUGCAACUUCAGCUGCAGAUGGGGUCCACACUGAACUUCUCGUGAGCGCUACCUCCUCACUGGCCUUUUCCCCCGAGCAAGUCGCGUGUGUGUGCGAGGCUCUGCAGCAGGGAGGCAAUGUGGAUCGCUUGGCCAGAUUUUUAUGGUCCUUACCACAGAGUGACUUGCUACGUGGCAACGAAAGCAUCCUAAAAGCCCAAGCUCUUGUGGCUUUCCACCAGGCUCGGUACCAGGAGCUGUACAGUAUCCUAGAGAACCACAGCUUCAGUCCCUCUAAUCACUCCUCACUACAGGACCUGUGGUACAAGGCACGGUACACCGAGGCGGAGAAGGCUCGAGGAAGACCACUGGGCGCUGUGGAUAAAUACCGCCUGCGUAGGAAAUACCCCCUUCCACGAACAAUCUGGGACGGGGAAGAGACGGUUUACUGCUUCAAAGAGAGGUCCCGAAACGCGCUGAAGGAUCUGUACAAGCAGAAUAGGUACCCCUCUCCAGCAGAGAAGAGGAAUCUCGCUAAAAUAACCGGGCUCUCCUUGACCCAAGUCAGCAACUGGUUUAAAAACAGGAGACAGAGGGACAGGAACCCUUCUGAAGCGCAGUCAAAGAGUGAAUCUGAUGGCAACCACAGCACAGAGGAUGAGUCCAGCAAGGGCCAGGAUGACCUCUCUCCACGACCUCUGUCCAACUCGUCUGACGGGAUGGCUGCCCACGGAGCCCUCCCCAUGGCGGGCGCCCUGGACAGCAGCGUGGUCAUCCAGCAGAUCGGGGACAUCAAGAUGUCUUCCGGGGGCGGAGUGGUCUUCAACGGGAACCUGGUGACCACCAACCCUUCGACCAUCUUCCACAAUGGGAACUCCUACAUCCAGGCGCCCGGCAAUAUCCUCUUCAACGGGCUCAACCUGGGGGCCCAGCCCCUGGCCUUCAACCCCCUCCGUCCCUCCUCCGAGGGCUUGCUGGGCGGCUCCAACGGAGACACGCCGUUGCAGGCUCCCCAGGAGAAGGGGCUCAAUGGCCUGGGCGCGAGCUCCCCCCCGCUGCCCUACCCCGCCUUCGCCGGCAGCGUGAAUGGCGCGGAGGUGAAGCUGGAGGGGGUGCAGACUCUCGCGUCCCAGAGCGGGGCCUCCUCCGUCCUCACCUUCACCUCCUCCACUGGGUCCCUGCAGCUCGGCAACUACAGCCUGGUCCACGUUCCCAGCACAGACAGCGGCAGCACGUCGCUGCUCAACAGCAACAACGCAGGCCUCCCCCCACUGCAGCUGCCCCCUACCUCAUCUCAUGGUGCCGUGCCGCUGAACAGCGUGGUGGUCAGCUCUCCCGGGGGCGACUCCUCGUUCUCCCUCCAGCAGCAGUCCCAGGACAAGCUGGUCCUGGCCCCGCUGCAGCCCAGCACGGUGCUCUACACCAUGGCCAACGCGGUGCAGCCCAUCAUCAAGCAGGAGCCCGUGGAGGGCGAGGGCUACGCCUUCCCCCCUGGGCUGCACCUGGACCAGGGCGGCCAGCUCAGCUACUCCCCCUCCCCCUUGAACUCCGGCGAGGCCCUGCCCUCCAGCCAGGCCCCGGCCAACACGGUGGUCAGCUCCUCCAGCUCCGAGGGGGGGGACUACGCCACGCUCUCGGUCAGCGCCCCCCUGGGGCCCCAGACUGUCUCCACGCACCACCACUUGCUCCCCUCAGACUACAGUGGCCAUAACCCCCUAACCCCCCACAGCCACCCGCCCGCGCCCGGCCUGAACGGCAACUUCCUGUCCAUCACAGAAGAUAAGGUGGGCGCGGCGGGCAUGAGCGACAUGGUGAGGGUCAUGUGCGGGGAGAUGGAGUCAGAGGAGAAGGAGCUGGCCAAACUGCAGACCGUACAGAUGGACGAGGACAUUGGUGACCUCUAACCUCUGGUCUCCCGUCGUCAUCCAUAUCAGCAAAGGGGUUUGGGGCAUUUAUAUUUUUUAUUUGAAUCUUUAAUUUCCUUGAAGUGUUAAAUUAUUUGCAAGUGUUCCUAAAAGUGAUCAAAUGACACCCAGUAUAGGUAAAUAAAUUCUAACCAAUCAGAUUAGCUCAACAAACUCUGUCAAAAGAAAACCUGUGGGAGCUCUCCUCUGAACAAAAAAAUUGCUCCUCGUACUAUUUUUACGAUAUUGAAUUCUUAGUAGUUGCAUGUAUUUCGAGCAAAUUCAAGUGUGCGUUAAACCCCACUGUGUGGACGCUCACUGCGUCCUGUCUGGUGUGUCUGAAGAGCAGGAGCAGGUGUUGAACAGCCUUGGUCAUGUGACUAAGACACCCUGUGACCAACUGUGUCAUCAGGAUCUGACCGGGGAGGUCACCCUGUACGGACAUGUAUACCACUGAGAAGUGUGCUAGCGUUAAUCCCGCCAUGUUGAGUCAGAGAAGGGAAGAAUGUGCAGAGAAGACCAUUCUUCGUUCGUAGCAGUGUCAGAAAUAUGCAGUCCUUUAUGGAGCACCUCAAGGGGGUUAUGCACACAAGCGUCUCCGACGCUCUCUCUGUUCGUACCGUACCCUGAGUUCACGCUGUUGAGACAGAAGCCAUUAUGGUGAAUCGUAUGGAGACAAAACGUGCCUUUCUGCCGACGGAAUGUCCGAACCUGUCGACCCUGUCCCCGACUUGCACUAUAUCUGCCCUCACGCAGAAGAAUGUAAUAAAAAGCGUAUGUUGUUCUCCGAACCUGUGAACUAAGCGGACGUCUGCAGCCCGCCAGUGGUCUGGACGCAGCCCGUGAUGCGAGUGCCCUGUACAAGCCACUCCAGACCAACAUGCAGCUA